AUGUUUGGGUUGCAGUGUAGUCCGGUUCGUGCGUGUGCCCUUUUGGCAAGGACGCACCCUCGUCUGUUCCAUGCCUCAAGGACACUGAGGCAGACUAUCAAGGAUCCCUAUGGGGUGCUCGGUGUGAAGAGUUCCGCAUCUCAGGGAGAGAUCAAGAAGGCGUACUAUAAACUGGCGAAGCAGUACCACCCAGAUAUAAACAAGGAGGCCGGGGCGGAGAAGAAGUUUCACGAUUUGCAGAACGCGUACGAGAUUCUAAGUGAUGAGUCCAAGAGGAAACAGUUUGAUCAGUUUGGUCCUGCUGCGUUUGGUGCCGGCGCGGGUGCGGGGGGCCCUGGGAGUGGCUACCCCCAGGGGCAAGGGUUCAACCCGUUUGCUAGUUACACUUCCUCGUCGUCGUCGCCGUUUGGUGAUUUUGGCGGGAUCAAUUUCGAAGAUCUCUUUGGUGCUGCGUUCAGUGGGAGUGGUGGCGCUGGCGGUGCUAAGGCAGGCGGCGCUGGUGCUUCCCGCAAUCCGUUCUCCUCGUCAGGGUACAGACAGUACAAGGGGGACUCCGUCCACGUGUCGUACAACAUGUCCUUCAAAGACGCAGUGUUCGGGAAGUCCGGUGUGAAAUUGAAGUUCAACGUCUUCGACCCAUGUGACACAUGCAGUGGCAGUGGGAUCAAGAAGGGCGCCUCGAGACACCAGUGUCCCGGGUGCCAGGGGUCGGGGACCAAGAUCCAUGUCCGCGGCGGGUUCCAAAUGAUGUCCACUUGUAACGAGUGUCAAGGUGAGGGCACCACCGUGAACAGUUCAGACCUGUGUGGGGCCUGCCAUGGGGAGGGGGUCCAUUUCCACAGGGGGAAAGAGAUCACCGUCGACUUACCCCAUGGGUUGCAAGAUGGAGACGUCAUCAGGAUACCUGGGCAAGGGUCGUACCCUGAAGUGGCCCUGGACCCGUCACUCGCUGGGUCAGUGAAGUUGACUAGGGGCGACGUGCUCGUUAACGUCCGCGUAGAGGAGGACCCGACGUUCACCAUUAGAGACAAGUCAGAUAUAUGGUACACCAUGGAGAUCCCGAUCACGACGGCAGCGUUGGGGGGGACAGUACAGGUGCCCACCGUGGACGGGUCUCAUAUCCGUUUGAAAGUCGCUCCGGGGACACAGAGCGGCGACGUCAUCACGGUGCCCAAUAUGGGGGUCCCGCGUAGCAACCUCACGCGGUCUAGGGGCGCAAUGAAGGUGCAGUACCGCAUUGUCAUCAAAAAACCAUCGUCAGAGGUGGAGAAGUGUCUGUGGGAGGCGUUGGCGGAUGUGAAGAACGACACUACGGCAAGACGGUCAGUGGAUAGAUCGGAUUUCAAGUUCAUGAGGGGCAAGGAUCAAGGCGGUGAGGGCCCCACACGGGAGCAGGGGAAGGAGGCUUCCGGGUCCAACCCAGAUGAACCCAGCGCGUUGGGACGUCUAGAAAACUUCAUCACCAACGCAUUCAAGAAAAUAAAGGGCGGAAAGAGUCAGUAA